AUGACGUCGGAGCUGGAGAGCAGUCUGACGUCCAUGGACUGGCUGCCCCAGCUCACCAUGCGGGCGGCCAUCCAGAAGGGCGACGGGCCCGGGGCCCACGGGCCGGGCCUGGGCAAGAAGGGCGCCCUGCUGGACCCCGGCACCACGCUGGACCAGGAGGAGCUGCAGCAGCACAAGGACGGCAAGCCGCCCUACAGCUACGCCAGCCUCAUCACCUUCGCCAUCAACAGCUCGCCCAAGAAGAAGAUGACCCUCAGCGAGAUCUACCAGUGGAUCUGCGACAACUUCCCCUACUACAGGGAGGCGGGCAGCGGCUGGAAGAACUCCAUUCGGCACAAUCUGUCACUGAACAAGUGUUUUCUCAAAGUGCCUCGAUCGAAAGACGACCCCGGAAAGGGGUCCUACUGGGCCAUCGACACAAACCCGAAAGAGGACGCCCUUCCCACCAGGCCCAAGAAGAGGCCGCGGUCCGGGGAGCGGGCCUCCACACCCUACAGCCUGGACUCAGAUUCCCUGACCAUGGACUGUAUUAUGUCUGGAAGUGCCUCUCCAACUUUGGCAAUCAACACUGUGACUAACAAGGUGGCGCUGUACAACACGGAGCAGGACGGCAGUGACAGCCCGAGGAGCAGCCUUAACAACAGCCUGUCUGACCAGAGCCUGGCGUCUGUCAACCUCAACAGUGUGGGCAGCGUGCACAGCUACACGCCGGUCACCAGUCACCCAGAGCCCGUGUCCCAGGCCCUGAGCCUCCAGCAGCCCCCUGCUCCCCAGUACAGCCUGCAGGAGCGGGAGAAGCAGCUCCUCUUCUCCGAGUUUGAAGAUCUCAGUGCCUCUUUCCGCAGCCUUUACAAGUCCGUCUUCGAGCAGUCCUUCGGCCAGCAGGGUCUGAUGUCCCUGCCCUCAGACUCGUCUCCUCAGACCCACACCUCCUGCUCGUACCAGCAGUCCCCCGGCGGGGCGGUGAGCGCCCACCCCCACGGGCAGAACAGCAUCGCCGGGGCCCUGUCCCACCCGCAGAACGCCCACGGGCAGCUCCUGCCCCCCCACGCCCAGCACCACGGGGCCCACCCCUCCCAACACGGACAGCACUCCCAACACGGAGCCCCGCACCUCUCUCAGCACGGACAGCACCCCUCCCAGCACGGACAGCACCCCUCCCAGCACGGAGCCCACCCCUCCCAGCACGGACAGCAUCCGUCCCAGCAUGCACCUCACCCCCAGCAGCACCAGAACCACCAGCACCCGGCGCUGUCCCACCCGCAGCACCCCGCCCAGAUGUCCUGCAACGCGGGGCUCCCCACGGACUGGUACCCCAACCUCGAUGCACUGAAGGAGAGCUGCAGGAUCGCCAGCAGCUACAACUGGGCAGAUGUGGACCUCUCGCCCUUCCAAGGAUUAAAGGAGAGCAUGAGGCAGGCUGAUCUGAACAACUGGUCCCUGGACCCAGGCCAAAUCGCAGACCUCUGCUCCUCAAUAAACCAGUUCUUCACCCGCACUGGAGUCAUCCCACCACACGGGGCAGUGCAGCCACCUGUGUGCCACAGCUCCAUGCAUCCCAACAAGCCCAACCAGCACAUCAACACAGGAAAUCUCUACAUGGACACCAGACAAGCCAUGUCCCCCAUGAUGGGGCCCCCGGGGUACCCACACAUGCCCCCCAUGAGCAGUGCAGGGCCCACCCUGACAGGACACCACCCGCAGAUGAACCAGCAGCACAUGAUCUCUCCUGGAACCUUCCAGAUGCGCCGCCUGCCUGCAGACGACAUCCAGGACGACUUCGACUGGGACUCCAUCGUGUAGCCGGCCCGGCCCGGGCCCGGCGCGGGGGGUAACGGACUGCACCCCGCCGGAGGGAGACAAUCUGGGGCAGGGAGACGUCACACGUGCAGGCUCCUGAUCCCCAACCUUUUUACAGAAAAAUCAAGAAAUAAAAAAAAAUGAACAAAAAAAAAUAAUAAACAAACCGAAAGUUACUUUGAAGACAAUCAUAUUUAGGAGGACAGAGAUGACGCGAUGGCUUUCGCCGUCUCCAUGGCAAGUGAACCAAU